CAGAAACUUUCAAAUUUCAUAAACGAACAUAAACUACUAUAGUGAGGAAAUAAGUUACGUUGUCAGUACAGAAUGCAUGUAGCUGCAUUUUGUUUUAAAACACGGAUUAAAAUAUACACUGGAACUAUCAACUUUGUAUAAUGGCCGAUGUGCAACACCUAAAAAACAAAGGUAUUCCGCUGAAGGUAGAUGGCUCCAUUCGUUAUGUGAGAGGAGCUACAAAGUACACAACAUGUGGCGACGUCAUCAAAAUGGUGCUGAAGAAAACUGGAGUUAAAAAGGAAUACCGACACCUUUUCGCCAUUUAUGAGGUGUCAUUCGAUGCAGAAAAGGCACUGCCUUGUAAAAGCAGAAUUGUCAAGGUGGUAGAAUCUUGGAGAGGGGAACCAAAUAAGUUAGUUUUGAGAAAGUCAGAGCCUCUUACCCCGGUCUUGCUGGACGAGAAGAAACAUAAAUGGAACUUAAAGACAAAGUCGAGACAACAAAAACCAGAAACUCGAAAACUUCCCGAUUUACAGACGCUUACUUCACUUUCUGAUAUGGUAGACAGACACAGGGGUCAAAUGCGAAAAGGUUCAUGCUCAGAUGACAGCAGUGUUGAAAGAUUUGUGGACAGCACGAGCGAUUCGGAUAGCAGCAUGGACGAACUCCUUUCAAAACUAGACCAUUCAAAAAUUGCUGGACUUUUAAAUUUCUUUGCUGCUAUGGCAGCAAAGAAGUACCGGAGAAAUUCUUACCGCAGAUCAAAUAGUGGAUCCACACAUGAAUCUGCUGACUCAUCGGACAGCUCUCCUGUGCGACCAAGAAGACGGAAGAUUAAAUCGUCUAGACAAUCUUUGGCGAAGAAAACAACAAAGUCUCGUAACUGCAGAAGUCGCAUGAGGGCGUCUGCUGACAUGCAUCCUAAUAAAAUGCACGCUGUAAAAAGAGUGAAUUUCGGAUUUAUAGAUGUUGAACCAAGAUCACAAGACAGGGUGUAUUCACUUUCUGACGUACGAACUGCGGAGGAGGAGACGACAACGACGCGACCGCAGUCUACAAGAAUAUUCUCUGCUCGCAGACGACUUAUUCCUGGGAAAAGGUCAAGCUAUAAGGUUAUCGAGGAUAACAGUGACAAGGGUAUACCAACUUUCAGAAGAACCAUUUCAGAUGACUCUAGUUACAGCCUUACUGGACCAUACAAAGUUAGGAGAGUGUCUGAAAAGUGUAAGGAGGAUUGGUGUGGAAGUCCAAUCCCUUUGGUCGAUUCUGGACAUGAGGAGGACUCCGACUCUUCAACUGAUUUAGACACUGCGUUUGUUCGCAGAAACAAUGUUUUUGACGUCACAAGGGCACGUCAGUACAUGGAAACGCCAGAACACGGGCGCAUUUUUCCAUAUAUUGUAAAUGAAAAACCUGUAACAAGCUCCACAAGGAAACUUGUAGAAUAUAGCAUCACUGACGAUGAAUUGGACACUUCUGAUAUUAUCAAUAUCACUGAAACGUCAGAAACGGAAGAUGAAGAUAAUGAUGAUAGUGAAAACCUCUUCAGUAUAAAUAGAAUCUGUAUCAACAGCUGUAGCGUGCAAACAGAAAAUUGCAAAUUAAAAGACUGUACAAAAGAGAGCAAUACUGAAAAAUGUGCUAAGUCUGUAAAGAAUCAUCAAGAGUCGGACAAGAAUGUUACUGAUUUUAUAAAGUCAAUAUUUGGUAAAGAAGUUAAAAAUGAAGACGAAGAAAUGAACAGUUUCAUGAAAUCGAUGGUUCUGGAUGAAUCUUCGGACGAGGGACUAAGCUCUAUGGGCAGUGAUCUUGAAAAGGACGAAAGAAUAAGAUUGUAACUACGGAUACAAAGAUAGGACUCAAACUUGCAUGUGUUUAGCAACAAAAAUACAAUCUUUAAGACUUUAAAUACGCUUAUAAAGACAAAAACCCAAAGAAAGUUUAUAAAUAUAUUUGAAAAUUUUAUUCUUUGCUGUAUAGUAGGCUACACAUUACCACGAACGUCCUUCACAACAUUGCAAUACGUUGUUUGGUAAAAUAUUUUAUCUGUAUAAAGUCAUAUAAUCUGUUUAUACUUAUAUAUAUAUAUAAUCUGUAUUAAUUUAUGGUAUACAUAUCUUUCUAUUUAUGCCCUUUCACUUAUACUUACUGUCUUUCCUUUCUUUUUAUUCUGGUGCACCAGAGAUCUACAGUAGUGCCGUUGCAGUACUAAAUAAUUCGUCCAGGAACUAAGUCCGACCUUUGGUGCACGGGAGUGAUCUUUUUCUAACUAUAAAUUGUAAAAUAUUUUGUACAGUGUACUAUAUGUAAAAACGCGAAUAGCAGAUACAAUAUAUAUUUUCAGGACGUAAUGUAAUAAAAAACUGUACAUACUUUACAUUCUAAAUACAUGUAUGUGAAUUGUUAAAACCUUAAAUUAUGUAUACAGAAACUUACGUAUCAAGUGCUUUUGUAAAUAAACAUCUAGAAAAGU